GCAAGCACAUACUCCAAACCUCUCUCUCUUUCUCUCUCUCGCAAAUCGAACGCAGGUCAUUUCUAGGGUUAGGUUUUCCGGAGAGUUCAAUUUCCGCCGCCGAAAAAAAUGAGUGGGAAGGAAAGCGGGUCGACCAAGGGCGGCAGAGGCAAGCCGAAGGCCACCAAGUCGGUGUCGAGGUCUAGCAAGGCCGGGCUUCAGUUUCCGGUGGGUAGGAUUGCCCGGUUUCUCAAGUCCGGCAAGUACGCCGAGCGUGUCGGCGCCGGAGCUCCGGUGUAUCUAUCUGCUGUUCUUGAGUACCUCGCUGCUGAGGUCUUGGAGCUUGCUGGAAAUGCAGCUAGGGACAACAAGAAGAAUCGAAUCGUGCCGAGGCACAUUCAGCUUGCGGUGAGGAACGACGAGGAGCUGAGCAAGCUUUUAGGGUCUGUGACUAUUGCCAAUGGAGGAGUGUUGCCCAACAUUCACCAAACCCUUUUGCCUAAGAAGGUUGGGAAAGGCAAGGGCGAUAUUGGAUCUGCUUCGCAGGAGUUCUAGGGUUUUGUUCUGUUUGGGUUUCUCUUCUUGUGUGGAGGUGUUUAGUUUGCCUCAGUUGUAAAAUACUAUGGGUGGUAUUGUUAGGUUUUUCUUUGAACCCUGUUGUUUUGGUCCUUGGGAUUUUGUGCUAUAAAUGAAAUGGUUAUGCCAGUAGUUUGGUGAAUUGAAUCGGCU